CCCGCCUCUGUCUCAGCUGUCUGUGGCUGCUCUUUCGCCAAGUUUAGCCAUGCUUCCCCCCAGUUUAAUUUAUCUGACAUGUCAUUGAGCAGCAGGUUGUUUUGAGUGACAGUCGAGCUGCUUUGUAACUUGUUAGUUUUUCUCACCACUGAACUUUGUCACGUCGCCUUACGGAAACAAGCGGAAGAGAAAAGCUAUCCUCUCGUAGCUAGCUUACAGCUUUUAGCUUGUUGGAGAAUAACGUCCAGCCAGGCACAAAGUGCUGCUUCUAUGACCUACAACUGUCCACCCCGAUCAGAGGAUGUAUCCGCCUUCCAGAAAGGACUUCAUCUCUCUGACACUCAGUGAUCCGCACAGUCACUCUUACAACAAUGGGAAACACCGGAGACAGUCCUGCUGGAGGAAAUGGAAGCAGCUGUCUCGGCUCCAGCGAAGCCUGAUCCUGUUUCUGCUGGCCCUGCUGCUCAUAUUUGGACUGCUCUCCUAUCCCAGCCUCAGCGAGCAGUGGAGAGGGUUGUCUGACAGGGACGAAUGGUUGGAGUUGAAUGACAGAGAGCUGGAUGCUGUUCUUCCAGCUGUGAGGCCUGUAUUGGGACAACAUGUGGGUAAAGCUCCGGUACCUGUGGUAGGGCCACAUGUGGGGCCAGCUGUAGGGCCAGAUGCGGGUCCAGUGAUCCGUCUAGAUGCGGGUCCAGUGAUUCGUCCAGAUGGGGGUCCAGUGAUCCGUCCAGAUGCGGGUCCAGUGAUCCAUCCAGACGCAGGUCCAGUUUUCCGUCCAGAUGCGGGUCCAGUGAUCCAUCCCGAUGCGGGUCCAGUUUUCCGUCCAGAUGCGGGUCCAGUUUUCCGUCCAGAUGCUGGUCCAGUGAUCCGUCCAGAUGCUGUGGUGGAGCCCAGAGGACCAAUUGUACCUAUUUUGCCCAAACCUCCCAUUAAGAAAUAUCUGUUCUCCAACAAGAGAGGUCCACCAAGUCUCCAGAAAGAAGGAAAUAUGUCUGACACAGUCGGUGGAGAAAAGAAAGAGCAAGAGGUGGUUCAAGAUGAAGGAGAGGAGGAGGAGGAGGACAAAGACAAGAAAAUAGUCAGUUGGAGAGGAGCAAUGAUUGAAGCCGACCAAGCCACAGAACCUCCCCCCUCGGCCAAUGACAAAGGAGCUGCAGCUCCCCCAGCCCCAGUGAACCCAGCUGACUCUGUUCCACUUGAAGUUUCCCCUGGCCCUGUGGACAGACUGGAGACAGUACGAGAUGCCUUCAGACAUGCAUGGAAAGGCUAUAAGAGCUAUGCCUGGGGUCACGAUGAGCUCAGGCCCAUCUCCAAGUCCUUCAGCGAGUGGUUCGGACUGGGUUUGACACUCAUUGAUUCCCUGGACACCAUGUGGAUUUUGGGCCUUAAGGAAGAAUUUGCAGAAGCAAAGAACUGGGUGGACAAUGAGCUCAACUUCAACAAGAACGUGGACGUGAAUCUUUUUGAAACAACUAUUCGUGUCCUUGGGGGACUGCUGAGUGCCUACCACCUAUCAGGAGACCAACUCUUCUUUGAAAAAGCUAAAGAUCUUGGGUCCAGGUUGAUGCCUGCCUUCAAAACCCCCUCAAAGAUCCCGUUCUCAGAUGUCAACAUCGGGAAGGGAACAGCUCACCCCCCUCGAUGGACGACGGACAGCACGCUGGCCGAAGUCACGAGCAUUCAGCUGGAAUUCAGAGAGCUUAGCCGCCUCACUCAGGACCCGCAGUACCAGGAUGUUGCAAAUGAGGUGAUGAGGCUGGUCCACAAGCUUCCAGGCAAACACGACGGCCUGGUGCCCAUGUUCAUCAACACCAACAGCGGCCAGUUCAGCCACAAAGGAGUCCUCACGCUUGGCGCCAGGGCAGACAGCUACUACGAGUACCUGCUCAAACAGUGGAUCCAGGGAGGCAAGACAGAAGAAGACCUGUUGGAGGAUUACCUUCAGGCCAUAGAAGGAGUGAAGAAACACCUUGUGAGACACACGGGGCCCAACGGAUUGACCUUUGUCGGAGAGUUGAAUCAUAAUCGCUUCAACCCGAAGAUGGACCACCUGGUGUGCUUUCUGCCAGGAACGUUAGCACUGGGGGUUCACAACGGCCUCCCAGAGGACCAUAUGGAUCUGGCCGUGCAGCUGAUGGAGACGUGUCAUCAGAUGUACACACAGAUGGAGACCGGACUGAGCCCAGAGAUCGUACACUUCAGCUUGCAGGCCAGUGACAGCCGGGACAUUAUUGUCAAGCCUGCAGACAGACACAACCUGCUGAGACCAGAGACAGUGGAGAGUCUGUUCUACAUGUACAGGUUCACUAAGGACACCAAGUACAGAGACUGGGGAUGGGACAUAUUGCAGAGCUUCAAUAACUACACCAAGGUGCUUGAUGGAGGCUACACGUCCAUUAACAACGUCCGAGACCCCACCAACCCCGGACCCCGAGACAAGAUGGAGAGUUUCUUCCUGGGUGAGACACUGAAGUACCUGUACCUGCUCUUCUCUGAUGACAUGGAGCAGCUCAGCCUAGACAAGUUUAUCUUCAACACAGAGGCUCAUCCUCUCCCCAUAUGGCCCUCUCCACCAAAGUGAUAUCACCUCUCACAGAAGCUGUCUGUAAAGAUCCAGCCGGUGUGCGUCAAACGCUGUUAUGGCCUUCAGACAGGAGCAAAGAAACUCUCCACGCUGGACUGCUGUGUUGAGCAGAAACCAGAUCUUUGCUGUCCACCUGUACUGUGAUAUAUGUCCAUGUGGAGGGAAUUAUUAUGUCCAUAUUUUCCUUUUUCUUUAUCUUUCCUAAGGAAAAGGUUCAUGUAAGAGCUGGUCUCUUAAGUUAAAAAAAAAAAAAUCACUUUAUUUUAUCCAGUCCAACUAGCUGGGACUUACAGGACACCGGAGAGGAGGCAGUGGGAGGGUUAUAUUUCUUGGGUGAUGGGGUUGUAUUUUGUAUUUAUUAAUGUGGAAACAACAAUGAUUUCACCCUGUGCUUGUCUGGAAACCCUGAAGCACACUUCACAUCCCAGGGUCAUGGCUGUAAAGACAUCCACGUAUUGCUUCAGUUGAUUCACCAGUGUAUUGGGUGCACUAAUCAAUAUUGGAAAUCUGUGGAGCAUGUUAAGCUUCAUUUAUGUUUGAAUGGAUUGCUGUGGUGGAGGGAUCACGCAUUGUUUUUGAAAAUCAUUUCCUGUGGCCACACUCAGUGUACCUGCUCGUGUACAGAAAUGACAAAAAGGGGUUAAGGUGUAUUUAUAAGUCUGUUUAUUUUGGGAAUGUCUGCACCCUGUUUGGUCCCAGCCUAAGUCUGUACAAGCAAUGGGCUGCUAGAGGGAAGUCAGUUCUAAUUCAUAGUUCAAUUCUUUCCUUAAAGUGAAGCAGUGAUGGAGGGAAAGUCGAGCCUAAAGAUUUAAAAGUAAGAGAUAUAAACAGUCUAAUAAAUGAAUGAACUCUAAAUGUUUAUUAAUCUACACUGUUCUCACAAUAACAUCAUUCAGUCACCUUUCCCCGGUCAGUUGAUGAAGGUUUUUUUAUUUAACAUGUUUUCAUGGAGGUGUAUUCUUUUCUGUAAGUGAGUUUAGAUGCACUAGACUUACCCAGUUAAAGACUCGUCCUGGAUUUGAUCAUAUUUAGUUUUAUUUGCACUUGUUUGACAUUACAUGAAGACAUAGUAAUCAAAGCUGCAGUGCAGUCUGUGAAGGAUCAAUUUAAACCCACUGUGUAUAACCAUUCCCUGCAUCUGUGACACUACACAUGCAUCCUUUGAUUCAUCCUCCUAUCAUGGGCGACUUGCGUAAGAAAUGAAGGUUGUGGAAUAAUUGUCUUCUCCAGUGAGUGAGUUUGAGUCAUUGCUGUUUAGCGAUCUCUGACAGCUUGAAGGACAGAACUUCUCGGUGCUUUUUUUUUUUUUUCUUUUUAAAAGGUGCCGGGACCCACAUCCUGUUAUUCUGCUUAUUUUAUCACUUUUAAAUGCUUCCAUCCAAAAGAUCUUUUUUGUUUUUCUGCAGUGACGUCAACACAGACUGUCAGACAGAGAGCCAUAUACUGAACUGCAUCAUUGAAUGUGCACUACAUUUGCCAAUGCUCUGCUGUGCCUAUUGAACUGUAUUGUGCUACGGUUGUUUUAUUGUUUUGUUUGUUUGAAUUGCUGCUGUAUCAGUGGUGUAAGUGUGUGAAGUGCUAUGAGUGAAAGUUAAAGUUCAGAGUUGUAUUUUCACAUUGGAUGGGUGGGUGAUGAAUUAAUACGGCUGUGCAUAUUUUUGUGUAAAUUGUUUCUCACUUGUCUACUUAAUUCUGAAUGAGUGUCGGAUGAUGACUCAUCACAUUACAGUACAUUUCUGGUCUUAAAGCCCUGUGCCAUCAUGUCAGGAAGUUUGUUAUAAGCACACUGCUUUACUGUAUCAUCACUACUUUUGUUCUUACAUGGUGGGUUUUUCUUGGAUUAAUUCACGGCAAUGUGUCAAAUGUGAGCCUCAUGGUAGUGUUUAAUUAGAUUUCAGGAAGGGGAUCCACAAUGUAAUAAGGAUUCAUCCUCUGCGGAACAUAAUUUCACAGCAAUUUUCAUAGCAAUCCAUCCGUGUUGUGAUAUUUAAGAAGCAGCUGCAGACAUGUGGCGCCUCCUUGAAUAGCACCUUGUUGAGACUCUUGAGUUCAGUCCUGUAAGGUGCGAGCAUCAGCAGUGUAACAUUUCUGAAGAUGGAUCUCUGAUAAUGAAGUGAUUUUCUGUUUUUGCAAUCUCUUUUGAUUUUAUUUAAUUUUUUAGAUAUCCUGAUUAUCAAAAUGAUUUAAAAGAAGCUUUGAUGUGUGAAGAACAUCUGCACUGCAACAUGAAAUCAGCUCAUUUGUGAAAUUUCACAGUUUAUUAAACCAUAUUAAUUCCUGGUGCGUAAGAAAUUAUGAUUAAAUGAGGGAAUUCAUUACAGAGCUGUGUUAAAUAUAUAUUAGUAUGUUUCUUUAUAAACAUCAAGUGUUAAUGUGACCGCUUUCAAACCGGACUAAAUCAGUAAAGGAGGAGUUCCAGCUGUCCUGGUGCAUCCUGUCACAAAGUUUUCAGACAUGAUGCUGCCUUGAAAAAAGGCUUCAGAGGGGAUUUUAUUAUUGUUAUUGUUGUUAUUAUUAUUCUUUAGAAAUGCUCGUAAGAACUAAAGCCAUCUAACAUAUGACAAGAAGUGGUGAGGAAGCAGGCUUAAUCAUUUAGAGAAAAUCAACCUCUACACCAGUUUGGAUUUAGUUUGAUGGGUGCAAUAUUCUCACUGCUUUCUACACGAGUUACUACUAUAAUACUAAGUAUUAGUCCGUUUCUCGAUACUUCAGCUUACCCAGCCUGUUAGAGCCACUAGAGAUCCAAGGCCUUUGAUUUAUACAUGAAGAUGUAAAUCAUCAAAAACACGCACAAAAGUAAAAUGUCACUCUUCGAGGCUAAAGGCUCAACGACCUUAAAAAUAGCAGGGCACUUUAAUUUUAACUGUAGUAAACAUAAGUUAAGAAGAAGGAAGUAGGAGAUCUUGUUUGGGGUCUAUUUUGUGUGAUUGAUUGAUAUACUCAUUUCUGCUAAUGUGAGUAUUACCUGAUUGAGAAUGGUGUGUGUGUCUGUGUGUGUGCUGGGUUGAGUCCUAAUAAACUACAGUGUGUGUGUUCAUUUAAAAAAAAAAGAGAAAGGAAAAGGGACAUUUCACCAAGUUGAAAAGUUGGCGUCAUUAAUGUGUUUAAAUACUUUUCAGACAACAUGGGAGGAAUCAGACAUACCAGGCUUUGAAUACACAGACAAUAAAUAAAAAAGUUAUUUUAAUACUCAUACCAGUAUCUCAAAACGCUCAGAUUUCAUUUAAAUGUAUCUCUUCAUAAAACAAUUUCAUAUGUAUGAAAAGGAGUUUUGUAUUGUGCUUCAUGAUUUUCUCUUUUGGUUUUUGGAAAAAAAUUAUCAAAGAAUUGUGUGAUUAUACUAAUGAACUUUGAAUGCAAUGUUCAGGUCACUUUCCAUAUAAUUUCCUCUAUUUUUAGUCACUCAGCAUAAAGGAUCAGAAGUGACUCAUCAGGCUGCGCUGUGAGCUCACUUCUGUCUUUUCUUAUUCUUGUUAUUUUCCAUUGCUGCCUUAUUAUUGCUUUUAUUUUACAGGGAAUUUGGGAAAAUGAAUCCUUCAUUUUAAAUACCUAAAAUUCUUAAAGUAGUACAUUUGGAUUAUAAAGGUUGUUUUACAAAAUCUUGUUGAGUAUUUUUUCUUUUUGAACAAAUCGAGGUUGCAGGGUUCAGAUGUUUGGUUUAUGUCUUGAUACAAAAAUUUUAAACUUUCUCUUAUAAAAGCUGAUUGGCAGAAUCUUCCAAGUUUUGAUAAUAAUGAUGAUAACUAUUACUGUGAGUGGGAUUUUUGUAGAAUCGAAGCCAUAGCAUCAGACAACUCUUGUACUUAACAUGUACGUGGGCACCAGAACAUCAGUGUUGUUCAUCAGUGUCUUGCCUGCAGAGGUUCCUGCCUGCGUUACUGUGACCCUGUGUCAGCGGCCAAAGACACAAAUCAAUAAUGUUUAUGCUGGUUCAAUCGAUCUAUUGAGCCUAACUGGAGGAAAAAGCACAUCGUAACACAGGAAGUCCUAAUUCGACAACUCAUCGGCAUGUUCUGAUGACUUACUGACAUGAAAAAUGUUUGUUUUUCUAAAGAUGAUUUCCUUCUUAUUUUAAUGUAAACUCUUUAUUUAAGAACCCAGAACUAAACGGUUGAAGAGUGUUUUUGUCAUGUUUUUAGGUUGCACAAUGUUUUCUGUCAUUUAUUGAACCCAUGCUCACUGUACAAAUGACUGACUGAGCACUUUGUAACACAAGUUGCUGCUUCUUGCAAUGUUCAUAUUUUCUUCCUGCCGACUCAGUUUUUAAAUAAAGCUUUUUAAUGAAUA